GCCACACGUGAAAAGAUAUUCGGCACAAACGCGUUAUGACACUAGCACUGAGAUGGCAGAAUGGCCCUGUACACACUUACUAUACAAUUAAUCGAAUUUUAUUACUAUGUAUCGGAUUAUGGCCGUUUCAAAAGUCUACUUUCAGAUAUAUCGCUAUAGUGUUAACAACAAUAUUGCUUGUAUUAAGCAUAGUACUUCAGCUAACGACUUUCAUCACAACACAAUAUAAUAUAGACAUUCUUCUACAUAUCCUCGCGUACAGUGUCCCAUGGUUAGGCUAUACAUUAAAGUAUAAUGUUCUCUGCUUAAACAUAAGAGGGAUGCGAGACCUGAUGAGACAAAUGCUUAAAAAUUGGAAUGAAUUACACAACGAACAAGAAAUUGAAAUAAUAAAAGAAUACUCAGAUAUUGGAAGAUUCAUCACAUUACUUACGACAUUGUUCAUCUAUGUAUCUAUUCUUUGCUUCAUUCUAUCACAAUUUGUAUCAAACUAUCUUCUGGACAUCAUAUCCAGUAAAAAUGAAUCGCGAACACGACAAAUACCGAUCUUAAUCGAAUGUUUUAUAGAUCAGCAAAAGUAUUUUUUAUUUAUUUUGUUGCUACUUUCUGUUGGCAUCGUGAGUGGUCUGACUACAGUGGCAGCUACCGAAACGCUUAAUAUGUCAUAUACCUAUCAUGCGUGUGGUUUAUUUGAAAUAGCUAGCUGUCGUAUAGAAAAAGCAUUGCUUAAAGACGCGGUACAUAAUACUCUAUCUUUUACCGAAAGAAAUACAAUAAUAUGUCAAGGGAUAAUCAAUGGCUUCAAUAUGUACAAAACAGCAAUCGAGUUCGUAAUGUUUAUCGAAAUGUUGAAGAAAAGUUAUACAUGGGCGUAUGCAUUGCUGUUGCCAUUGGGAAUACUAUCACUGAGCAUUAAUCUUUAUCGCCUUUCUCGAUUGAUAACGUCCAAGGAAUACAGUGAAAUAAUUAUGAGUUUUCUUUUCGUCGUUGGUCAUUUUUGGUACAUGUUUUUCUGUAACUACUUGGGUCAGAAAGUGAUCGAUCAUAGCAGCGAUGUUUUUCACAGAAUAUAUAACGUACAAUGGUAUGUAGCUCCGGUGAAAGCACAGAAAUUAUUGAUGCUUAUGAUGCAAAGGAGCAUACGACAUUGCACAAUCCUCGUUGGAGGCUUGUUUAUUCCGUCAUUCGAAGGAUUUGCCACUCUUGUAAGCACCUCAAUUUCAUACUUCGCAGUGAUUUUUUCUCUCUUUUGAUUGUUUGCAUAAAAUAAAAAUUGAAGCUCAAUUCCGCAACGCAAGUAGUACAUUUGUACCAAAUGUUUUGUAUAAACAGAUAAUAAUACAGAUACAUUAGCCUUCUUUCUGAAGUAUUUGUAUUAUUGUAUGUAAAAUAAACAUAAAAGUAUAAUGUAGUAUCAUUUUAACUUUUUGACUGCUCAUAUAAUACAAUUUCAGCCGCAUUUUCCAUUAUAUUGACAAUAAUAGAUAUUACAUAAAUAAGUUUCUCUAUUAUUACAAAGGUGUAUCUAGCGACUGAACACGACAUGAAAGCUUGCAUCGUGAAAAUAAAGAAAAUUGUAUAUACACAUUAUUACUCUCAUCAAAACGUAUCUUAUAUUAUAUUAGUCAGAUGUCGAAAAAGAAAUCAUGAUAUCUGCUUACA